AUGGACGGUAAUUCAAAUUUUGAAUUUGGACCAAAUAUGGACGUAAAUUCUAGAAUAGAGAUUGUGAUCGGAUUUGAUAAUGAGGUGGCUGCUCUGGAUUUAGGUAUGGAGCAGGGCUCCUUUGACCCUCAUGGAUCACCCGACCCCCUCUUGCAUAGCGUCGAUGCCAAUCAGGCCAUGGCAAAUCAGACGGAAGGAGUGCGCUGCAGUUUACGAUAUGCUAAUCACGGUGGCCAUGCUAUCGUUUUUGGUAUAGGCAGGUCCGAUUCUAUUGGUGCAGGAAGAUUGAACAUUGUUAGAGAGAUUGACUCUGCCGCCUUACAAAGAGAAUCUAAGAUUUCUUUUGAUCUUGAGUGGAAUGACAGAGUUCUUGAAUUUUCAGUGGUUCAUGCCAAGUGCUUAAGAGCUAAGAGAAGGGACCUUUGGCUGGAUCUGGCCACUAACCCUUCUGGUCGUCCAAGAAUGAUUAUCGGGGAUUUCAAUGUGACCCUAUUUGAUAAUGAGAGAAGAGGACCUGGAAGAGUUUGCUUAGGGGCUGCAUCUGAAUUUGGAGCCAUGGUUGAUGCCACAUCCAUGAUCCAAAUUCCUUCCUUUGGUAGGAAGUUCACUUGGAGCAACAAUAGAAGGUCUGGCAAUGUGGUAGCUGUCCUGGAUAGAGCUUUUGUGAAUGAAGAUUGGUUGAACUCCUUUGAUGAUUGCUCUCAGAAGGUCCUCCCCCGAAUUGCUUCGGAUCAUGCUCCCCUGUUGGUCUCCUCUAGGCUCUCAUCUAAGCCAAAGAACUGCCCUUUCCGUAUCAACAAAAUUUGGUUGGACCACCCUGAGUUUGUGGAUAUGACUCGGGAAGCAUGGAACAUGAACCUGAUCAGCUCUGCUACAUUUAUCUUAUAUCAGAAGCUGAAGAGAUUAAAGCAUGUUAUCAAAUCUUGGUCAAGAAGGGCCUUUCCUAACCUUAAUCAAGAGGUUGAUAGUGCGAGGACUGAGUUGGAGACAGUUCAAUCUCGCAUAGAGGAAGAGGGCUAUUCUAAGCAUCUUUUUGACUUGGAAGCUGAUGCAAAGACUAGGCUCUGGAAAGCCAUUGACAAUCAUGAGAAACUUUGGGCUCAAAAGUCUAGAAUUAGAUGGUUGAAAGAAGGGGACAGAUGCUCUAGGUUUUUUCAUGUUAUGACUCGUAUAAAGAGAUCGAGGAACUCCAUCAGGAGCAUUAUCACAGAGAGCGGGGCUGAGAUCAGUGAUCAGGGUCAGUUGGGGAGCUAUUUGGCAGAUUUCUAUGGGGAGUUCCAUAAAAGGAUCGAGCUAGAUACUCAACCCCAAAUUUUCAAUUGCAUUCCCAAUAUUCUUCAUGACCCAGAUAGACUUAUGCUGGACUCCAUCCUCUCUGAUGAUGAGAUUAAACGAGCAGUUUGGGACCUGGAUCCUGAUAGUUCUCCAGGUCCAGACGGGUAUUCGAGAGCUUUCUUCAGAACCUACUGGGAGGUGGUGAACAUUGAUGUCUGCAGGGCGGUGAAAGGGUUCUUCUCUUCAGGUAUUCUCCCUCAUGGAAUCAAUAAUAAUUUUUUGUUACUAAUUCCUAAGGUGAAUGAUGCCAGAUCAUUAGAUAAAUUCCUUCCAUUAUGCAUGGGGAAUUUCUUCUGCAAAAUUCUUUCAAAAAUCUUGGUUUCCCGUAUCCCUGUAGUCCUUCCUAGACUUAUUUCUCAGGAGCAAGGAGCUUUCCAAAAGGGCAAAGUAAUCCAGAUGAAUAUUGGGAUGGCUUCUGAGUUAGCCAACUUGAUGGGAAAUUCAUCCAGGGGAGGCGGCCUAGGCUUGAAGCUUGACAUAAGGAAGGCCUUUGACACCAUUUCAUGGGAAUUUCUAUUCCAGGUCCUUAGCAGAUUUGGGUUCUCUGACACUAUGACAGGAUGGAUCCACAUGAUUCUAAGGUCUGCUAGAAUUUCUGUUCUCCUCAGUGGCGGCCCUCUGGGCUAUUUUGAAGCAAGUAGAGGUCUCCGGAAAAAUCCCUUUGGCGACGAAGCUGUGGCUCUCGAUGAGUUGAAUAUUACAACCUGUUCUUUUCCCACCAAAUAUCUGGGUGUCCAAAUCUUCCAAAGCCGUGUGAAAAGGGAGCCCCUUUUCCCUGUGAUGGAUAAAAUCAAAGCAAAAUUAGCGGGUUGGAAGGGGAAACUUCUCUCUAUGGCUGGUAGAGUGGAGUUAGUUAAAUCAGUCAUUUCUGGUAUGCCUUUGCACAACUUCUCUAUAUACUGGUGGCCUGCUACCAUGAUUAAAUGCCUUGAAAAAUGGAUGCGGAACUUUAUCUGGACAGGGGAGAUUGAUAGCUCCAAAGCUGAACUGUCAAAUGGGAUCAGAAUUAUUAGAGCAAGAUUCUUGUCUAGCCAUGGUAGACCCAAGAGAGCCUACAAAUGCUCCUCCAUUUGGCCAGGGGUGAGGAGAUUGUGGAAGUUUGUAUCUGAUAUUGAGAGGUGGAUCAUCAGCAAUGAAAGACACAUUGACUUCUGGAGAGAUAAUUGGGUAGGGGCUCAUUCUAUUUGGCAGCUAUCGGAGUUGGGGGAAGACGUGAUUAAUCCUGCUCCUUCAGUGUCAGAUUUCAUUGAUGAAGGUCGCUGGAUGAUGCCUCAGAUGGAGUCCUUUUUCUUAAAGGACAUUUUCUCAAAAAUCAAGUGCAUAAACCUCCCAUCGCUACCUAUAGAGGACCGAUGCAUUUGGAGCUUAGAUCCGAUGGGGCACUUCACUGUUAAGUCUGCCUGGAAUGUCCUUAGGUCCCCAUCAUCUUCGGUUUCUUGGGAUAAGGUUAUCUGGCAUAAAUUCUUUCUGCCUAGGCUCUCUACCCUGGGUUGGCACUGGUUGCAUGAGAAGAUCCCUACUAAUGAGAAAAUUCAAUCUAGAGGAAUUCACCUUCCUUCUAGGUGUGAUCUAUAUGGCUUCAGCUCUGAGUCUACUUUCCAUUUAUUCCUUGAUUGCAGCUUCUCAACUGAGUUAUGGAGGAAGGUUUCAGACUUGUUUAAUGUAGCCUGGACCAGUAAAGAUUCAGCAAUAGACAUGGUUGUUUGGUGGCGCAACAAGGGCAAAGGAUGGUCUUUAAAGAUGGGCUGGACGUUCAGUUUCCUUGUUACGAUGGCUACGAUCUGGAAUGAAAGAAAUCAUAGGCGCUAUGAGGGUAAAUCAAGAAGCACAGCAUUAGUCCUUCGUGGCUUUAAAAAGUGGAAGAUUACUCACUGCUUCAGGGAAGCUAAUCCUAUUGCUGACUACUUGGCAAAGACAGCGGCUUCAUCUGGAGCCUCCUCUGAUGAGGCUACCCUCCCUCCUAUGUUGAUCAAUGAGCUGAUUACAGAUGAAGGGGGGCGGCCUAGAUAUAGAUUUUAUUCUUAG